AUUACCUAUCUACCUAAUCAUAAUUUUAUUAUUAUAAUGAGCCUGAUUUAUCUGGAUAACAUUGUGUUCAAGCGAAACUUUCCCAGCAUUAAAAAAAACAUUUUUAUUUUGAUAAUGUGUACUCAAAACGCAGAACGUGCCUCUAACAAAUAAAUUCAGGAUUGUUACACUUUAGAACGUAUCUAUAGCAACGCAAUUCGCGUAAUUUCCCAGACCAUAAAAAAGUAAAAAUGAAAAAAUCAAUUAAUUUCUUAGGCUUCCCUUAGGAAUAUAGUAAUUAAUACAAUAGACAAUGAUAUGUAUGACAUUUUAGGAACACAACUUACUGGCCGCAAUUCAGAAUUUGAUGAUGAUGCUGCAGAAUCAUUAAAUAUUAUAAUAGAAAAUCCUGUAGAACAUAUUAAUCCUGUAGAGGAAAUCACCCAUAAUGAUCCAAAUGAAUUGAAAGGAGUAAAUUUAAUAGAAGUUCCAGCCGUUCCAGGUCCCUCGAAAGCUCAACAUAUCUGGAGUCACUAUACUCCUGAUAUGUUAAAAACUCCCAAAUCAAUUCAACUUUGUCCAAGUGCGAAAAAAGAUGCAAUUAAACCGGAAAUUUCCUCUAUUAGAAUUAGAAUUAGAAUGAAGAGAUUUUGUGAAAAUCGGGAAUCACAUGACAAAAGAUCGAUUUUCGGCAGAAUCAGGUAA